AUUUUGUGUCGCGUUUUGACGGAGCGACGCAUUCGCGUGACGUCUCUGUCUCGGUGCGGUUGCUUUGCGAGAGUCCUCGUCUGCAGACAAGUUGCUUGUUUCCUGCUUUUUCGCAAAAGGCACUGCAACGCUCGGAGUAUACGUUUAGAGAUUUACAGGAAGACCAGACGUAACCACGCCUACGAUGUACGGACUUUCUCUCCUCUUCGUGCUUGGUUUUCUGCAAGGAGCAUCUAGUGCAACGUUGAAGAGUUGCGGUGGCUCACUGAGUGGCCUUCGCGGAGACUUCCAGUCUCCUAACUUUCCUAACAAUUAUCCCACAAAUGUGCAAUGCACUUGGCAACUCAGCGUACCGGCAGGGCAUCAUAUCAAAAUCACAUUUACACAGUUUCACAUUGAAGAACAUAGUGCUGAGUGUGAAUAUGACAGACUAACAGUGAAAGACGGAUCUACACACGUUGGAUUGUUUUGUGGAAGUCCAGCAACUGAUGGUCCCAAGGGUCCCAUCGUGACGAAGAGCAACCAAGCAGUAGUGCAGCUUACAUCUGACUACUCUGACCCAGCACCAGGAUUUUGGGCUUAUUUUACUGCCAUUGAUAAUGAUGAAUGUGCAACCGACAAUGGUGGAUGCACACAAUUUUGUCACAACUACAUUGGUGGAUAUUAUUGCUCUUGUCGCUCAGGAUAUGAGCUUCAGUCUGACGGCAAAUUCUGCAAAGUCGUUUGCAAUGGAAUACAAACAACUGCUUUGCAAGGAAUCAUACAGAGUCCUGAAUUUCCAGGUGUUUAUCCUGAUCAGGCAAAUUGUGAUUGGAAGAUCACUCUACCUCUUGGAUACCAAAUUGAGUUGACAUUCUCAAAAUUUGAUGUUGAAAACCAUGAUGAAGUAAAAUGCCCUUAUGAUUAUUUGAAGGUUAAUACUGGCCGCACUGAAGACAAAUACUGUGGAGCUACAGUUCCAUCAAAAAUUAUGUCUCUUGCAAAUACGAUGCAUAUUUUUUUCGUCAGCGAUGACUCUGUUGGACACUCCGGAUUUAAUGCAACUUACAAAGCCAAACUUUCUGUUGCUUUAAUUUUAGCUCUAAACUGUGGAAAUCCGGGAACUCCAAGUUUUGGGAAAAAGGGAGGGACAAACUACUUUUUUCCCAAUGAAGUAAGCUACUCCUGCAAUCAAGGAUUUUACUUAACUGGAUCUGCAAAACGAAAGUGUCAGAACAAUGGUCUUUGGAGUGGGACUACAGCAAAUUGUCAACGUGUGUCUUGUGGUGAUCCGGGAAUACCACUUCAUGGUAGUAGAAGAAUUAUUUCAGGAAUUGGAAGGAACUAUGUAUUUGAAGACAAGGUGCAGCUAACAUGCAAUUCCCACUAUGAAAGAGCAAGUGGUAGUGGUACUCGAACAUGCCUGUAUAAUGGACAAUGGAGUGGAAGUCAACUGACUUGUCAACCAAUUUGUGGAAAUACCAAGUUCUACAUACGCAAUCGAAUCAUUGGCGGUAAUAAAGCCCCACCUGGUGUGUACCCAUGGAUGGCCAUGCUGUACUGGACUCCAUGUGAAACAACUCAUUGUGUCUUUUGUGGUGGCACUGUUCUUGACAACAAACAUGUACUAACAGCAGCACACUGCAUUCCAGACGACAAAAAGAAAAAGUUUGUCGUUCGUGUAGGAGGCGUGAGGACAAGAUUUAAUGGAACUGACGAAUGGUGGUGCACAGUGAAGAAUACAAUCAUCCAUACAAGCUACACUGAAAAGACAUAUGACUAUGACGCUGCUCUCAUUGAAAUUGAUAGAUGUACUCCCAUACACAAAUCAAAAACUGCAGCAAAUGAAAUUGUGAUGACUGAUUAUGUCAGACCAAUCUGCCUUCCAACUCCUACUGACAUUCGUAAGAUGUAUCAGGUUGGUUUUCUUGGAUAUGCUGCUGGAUGGGGAAGGAGAAAUGUUACAAAUGAAAAGGCAUACUCUCGAGUUUUGCGUGAUGUUGAUCUUCCAGUUUCAAGCACUCAAGCAUGUCAGAAUCAUUUUGCUCCACAGAGUUGGCCAGUCACAUCACAAAUGUUUUGUGCUCGUGACAAUAGCAAAGACACUUGUCAAGGAGACUCUGGAGGACCUUUCAUGGGUCAGAGACAUACUGACCGUAAGUGGGUUGUAACUGGCAUUAUCAGUUGGGGCGAUAUCAGAUGUGGCCAUGGGUAUGGAGUAUAUGUGAAAGUUGGAGCCAGUGGUGUCAUAAACUGGAUUAAGAAAACGUUGAAACUGUAAUCAGGGAAUACUGUCAUUAUGACUAAUUUUGCACCUUGUAUGUACAGUCUUUACUUUCAAGUUGGAAAAAGAAACUUGAGAUGUACGUUGAAUUUUACUGUAGUGUACUAUUACUUUUUAGAUUUGCUAGUACACGUUACAAAAACACAAGUCAUUUUUGAUCAAAUGCCAAGCAGAU